CACAAUGGGAAGCCGUUUCGGGUUGCGUAUUGUUUACACGCGUGUUGUAUUGCUUACACACGCGUUGUAUUGUUCGCACGCGUCUUGUUUACAUGUGAUAUUGUUAACGUGACAUUUGUUUACACACGUGGAAUUGUUUGCAUAUAAUGUAUUGUUUACACGUGACAUCUUGAUGACACAGGCGUAAAAUUGUUUUUGCAUGUGAUAUUUUGGAUUCAGGUGUUAUUGUUUACACACAUCUCCCAUUGUAAACACACAUGACAGUUUCUACAGAUGUUGAAUUGUUUGCACGUGUGGUAUCUUUACACAUUGUUUACACAGAUGUUGACUUGUUUACACGUGAUGUAUUGUUCCGUAUUGUUUACGCACACACGCGGCGUUGUCUGUCUUGUCCGUCAGAAAUCCGAGAGGCGUUCAAAGUGUUCGACCGCGACGGGAACGGUUUCAUCUCCAAACAGGAGCUGGGCAUGGCCAUGCGUUCCCUGGGGUACAUGCCCAACGAGGUGGAGCUGGAAGUCAUCAUCCAGAGGCUGGACAUGGAUGGUGACGGUCAGGUGGACUUCGACGAGUUUGUCACGUUGCUCGGUCCCAAACUGUCUGCGGCCGGAAUGCCCGAUAAGUUCCACGGAGCGGACUUCGAUUCCGUCUUCUGGAAGUGCGACAUGCAGAAGCUGACGGUGGACGAGCUCAAGCGUCUUUUGUACGACACCUUCCGGGACCACCUCACCAUGAAGGACAUCGAGAACAUCAUCAUGACCGAGGAAAAACACCUCAACAGCGCCGAGUCCCACGUCGACAUCGACACGAGCCCCACGCAACAGGAGAAGCACACGUGUGUGCGCAAAAGCCUGAUCUGUGCCUUCGCCAUCGCGUUCAUCAUCAGCGUCAUGCUCAUCGCCGCCAAUCAGAUGCUGCGCAGAGGAAUGAAGUAACUCGCCCCAAAAGCAAAUUCGUCCUUCCUCCUCCUCGCUUUUCGCCGGCUUCAGCAAUAGAACCGACGACGUGGCGGGCGGGACGCGAUGGGAAUACAACAUUUUUCGCAUCGGGUGCACUUUCGCUCAUUUUUGAAAUCAUGACAUCAUCUGAACAAACAUCCUGGAAACGGAACACGAAAUUGUACAAAAAGCAAAGUCAUUGUGCAAAUGCCGUUUGUCCUGAGGGGAAAACGGACACAUUUAUUCUU